AUGUUUGGGACGCUGUUCACUCAAGCCUUUUCCACUUACACUCUCCCUGUGAUUGUGCACAAUGUUUCACCGAUCAACUCUCCGCUGCCAUACUUCAGACUCCAUAUAAUAAGAUCUAACCCAUCUGUCAAGAGGUCCUUGCUGGAUAUCCUCAACUCCAAACCAUAUCGCUUCGGAUUUACGAAAGACCAAUUGAAACAUUUGCUGCAAAAAGAUCUGGUUCAAGUUUGGGUAUCAUCUGUCAGGGUAAAGAUCACUAUCCCACCUCAUGAUAAUGACUUUUUUGACAGGAUAAUGAAAGCCCCAUUGAGUCCGUACAGUGUCAUUACUUAUAACCAACAUAUCCACGAAACACCAGUGCCGACGCCAGAAAGGCUUAAAAUAUUAUCAUCAACAAACUCCAGUUUGUUGGCAAUAAACAAGCCGCCUGGUAUUCCUGUUCAUGGUGUGCAGAAAUACUUUUACAACACUAUCCAAUCCAUGCUUGCUGAACAGCUAGCAUGUAAGCAAGUCACUUUAUACCCUCUGCAUAGACUUGAUAGACUUACAUCUGGGGUUCUUCUUUGGGCCACUAACCCGACAACAGUUUCAAAGUUCAAAAAUAGGAAUGCUUGGUGCCGCAAGAAAAUUUACCUGGCACGAGUUAAGGGUCGGCUUCCAAACUUUAGUACCACUUGCACUGAUGAUCUAGUCUAUCUCUAUCCAACACGUCAUAUGGUUCGUGUUUUCCAGGGUUCAAUUACUAGUUUCAAGGAGGUUUGUUACGAUGAGAAACGGGACGAGUCGGUGAUUUGUGCGUUUUUAAAUACUGGCUUCCCACACCAAAUCAGAAUUCAUCUUCGCAAUUUGGGAUGCCCCAUUAUUGACGAUCCGUUGUACAGCAAGACAGGAAAGUACAAAGAGAUUACAAGAUCAAGAAACGAUGUAACUGAUGCAUACUGGGACGAAGUAAUACAAAGGUCCAAAGAGAUCCAAAGCAAGAAACGAUCGGUUGACUCGGCUUCCUGCUCUAUAUGCAAUGCUCCAAAAUAUCAUGUUCCAAAAACAAAUGAACACGGCGAUUACGCCAUUUGCUUGCAUGCGUGGAGGUACGAGUACAAAGGUGUGCCUGGCGGGCCGUAUGCAGGAGAGAGGCAUUCUUACGAAACUCCCAUCCCUUCAUGGGCAAUACCCAUAGGAACCAAUGAGGAAUUUGUGAAAGGAAUAAUUGUUUAUCACACAACUUCAGUAUGA